GUAGUAGACAAUAAUUUUCAUACAUUUGAAUUAAUUUUGUUUAUUUUUAAAUUGUGUUUUAUCAAUAAAAUAUAGUUUCCUUCUUAGUUAUUGCGGAGUUAAGUUGUUUUGUGUUCUGAAUUCUUUUCUAGUUCUUGUUUUGCGUUCCGCUCCAUGUCACUCAGAUUUCUACGUAAAAUUCGAGUUUUCUUCAAGAGUAAACCGCCGAAGCAAAAUUGGUCAGAAACUUCCGGUCAUAGUUAUUGUACCAUUGAAGGUGAAAAAAUGGACGCAGUUAAAGCUAUGAAACGCCUGGGUUACGCCUUCAACAGUGAAGGCCAGUUGCGGAAAGUUGGUGUUGAUGGACAAGUAACAGAGGAACCAUUUCAAUUCAAUGUUAGUAACCAGCACCAAGAGUGUCAGGCUCACUAUGAGGAGCUGGGCAGUGCAGUCACUGAGUAUGUGUAUCAUUUGAUGGAAACAGAAAGGAACCUGACCAGGUUGCCAGUCCCGAAAGACUCCAAUAAAGGAACAUUCAUCUUUGUAUCCAAGGAAUAUGAUCAGAAAGAUGUUUUAGUCAUACUCAUUCAUGGAUCUGGUGCUGUAAGAGCUGGACAAUGGGCUAGAUCUCUCAUCAUCAAUGAUAACUUGGACAUGGGGACCCAGCUACCAUACAUUAAAAAUGCCCAAGAUAAAGGCUAUGGGGUAAUGGUGCUAAAUCCAAAUGACAACUGUUUACCGAAUGGCCAGAAAAUCCCAAACAGUAGUUCUGGUGAAGAGCAUACUAAUUAUGUCUGGAAUAAUUAUGUGAAGAAUACGAAAGCAACGAAAAUAGCAAUAGUAGCUCAUAGUUAUGGAGGAGUACUCACUGUGACAUUGGCUGAUCAGCUCAAGAGUGAAUUUGAGAAGAGAGUGAAGGCAAUUGCAUUUACAGACUCAGUACAUGUGUACUCUAAUAUAGAAAUAACUAAGUUUAUGAAAGAGGCCGCUAGAAACUGGAUAUCAAGUCAGUCUCCAUUGGACACACCAAUGAACACUCCAGAUUAUGACAUCCCUCGUGUUUCAGCCGGCCAUCAGAAGCAUGAAAUGACAUCAUAUUCCUGUAUGGAGUCUGUGUUCAAGUUUAUUGAUGAGAAAGUUUCUCUAUAAUGUUUUGUACGCACAAUGUAUAAUUUACUGUUGUUAUAUGUAUAAGUGAACAUUUCAAUAAUGUAGCAUUUAAAUAAGAAUAUACUUUAUUUUAUG